UGAACUUCCUUUUUGCUAGCGGCUGCCAAUUGAAGCGCUUGUUACACGUGAAUUCUCUGCGAAUUUAACGAUCAAAUAUGGACAAACCAGUUGUUUGGGCACGCGUGAUGAAGGUUCUGGGCCGCACCGGUUCCCAGGGUCAGUGUACGCAGGUCAAAGUGGAGUUCCUCGGAGAGCAGAACCGUCAGAUCAUCCGCAACGUGAAGGGACCCGUUCGCGAGGGCGACAUCCUGACCCUUCUGGAGUCUGAGCGCGAAGCCAGGAGGCUGCGCUAAUGGGCGACCUCCUCGAGAGGAUUUUUUGACACACUGUUUUUGCACGCGGCGUUUUGUUUUGGAGCUGGAAAAUGCGAAGAAAUCCUACGGAGGCUGCUGUGUUUUGGUUAUAAACAAAUGAAUAUAAACACCUAACUCACAAAAAAGUCGCCAACUGUGUUUUAAAUAAAUCUCGAGAGCAUGGAGCGCCUUUGAACGAAAAGAAACCAA